GAGCCUGGCUCGGGCUGGGGGAGGACUCGCUGGAGCUCAGAGGGCUUGGAAACCAAGCAACGCCCGGGUGGAGGGAGGGAGGCUCCGGUUUAGAGGCCAGUCCUCCCUCCUGACUUUCGAUGGCUUGCGGAAUUUGUUUUCACUGACACCUUUCUUACAAGAGCCUUUUCUUUGUCUCUGGGUUACUUCUAAAAUUUAAAACCAACACGUGCACAGACGAGUCCACCAAUGCUUACUGGAAACGGUCCACAGGGCUGCCGUCUCCCCUUCAUCUCAAGCGCGACCUGUGGCAGAGAGCUGGAGAAGGCUCCAGAGAAAAGGGACUCUGACAUGACCAAGGUGGAGAGGACCUACAGUGCUAGCUGCAGUGAUUUUCUGGAAUCUAAGGGAUGUUUUGCCAACACAAUAUCCUCUGAUGAAAGGGUCAGUUCCUCUUCUUCUGUUGAAACAGGCCCAAGCAUCAGUGAGUCCCCAGGCCUCCCCAGAGUGUCUGCUUACCUAGACACUGCUGACUUGGAUCGGAAAUCCUCCUCCUCACAUUCUGAGCACUCCUCUGAAACAUCAUUGCCUGAAGUCCAAAAGCAUAAGUAUCCUGAGGAAUUCAGCCUGCUUAAGUUGCAGACAAAAGAUGGGCAUCGUCCUGAGUGGACAUUUUACCCGAGGCUUAGCAGCAACAUCCACACCUACCAUGUUGGAAAGCAGUGCUUCUUUAAUGGAGUCUUCCUCGGCAACAAGAGGUCUCUAUCAGAGAGGACGGUGGACAAAUGCUUUGGGAGAAAGAAAUACGAUAUUGAUCCCAGGAAUGGAAUCCCAAAGCUAACUCCAGGGGAUAAUCCAUAUAUGUACCCAGAACAGAGUAAAGGCUUUCACAAGGCGGGGUCAACACUCUCACCAGUGAACUUUUCAAUAGUGCCUUAUGAGAAGAAAUUUGAUACAUUUAUUCCACUUGAGCCUCUUCCACAAAUUCCCAACUUGCCUUUCUGGGUGAAGGAGAAGGCCAACAGUUUGAAGAAUGAGAUACAAGAGGUUGAGGAGCUUGACAACUGGCGGCCAGCAGUGCCCUUAAUGCACAAUCUACUCUUUUCUGGUGCUUUGGACUUUCCAGGACAAUCCUGAGCAUAAACAGGCCCACAAAACAUGUGCUGACUGCACUCUGGCGAGUCUUUUCCAGUUGAUGGUUUUUGUCAUGUGACUGUUCUAAAUCCAGUGUUUGACUCUAAUGGGAAAGUGUUUUGCUUUUUUAAAACUUUUUAUUUUGAAAACUUUCACAUUUACAGAAAAGUUGCAAGAAUUGUAUAACAAACACCUGUAUAUCCUUCACAUAGAUUCUACCAUUGUUAAUAUUUGUUCAAACUUUCUCUCUCUCACAAUAUUACAAUUACCAAUUUGCUGAACUCUUUGAGAGUCAGUGGCAGAUAUUGUAACCCUUUACACCUGUAUACCUACAUACUUCAGCAUGUGUCUCCUAAGGUCAAGGGUGUUGUCUAACAACCACAACACAAAUAGCAAACUCACAGAGUUUAACAUUGAUAUGAAUAUUAUUAAUAUUUAGUCCACAUUCAGUUUUAGUCAAUUAUAGAUCAGGAUGCCCUCAAAUCAGUCAUAAAAUACAGACAUCAUGCGAGUGUCUUAGCCUGUUCAGGCUGCUAAAACAAAAUACCAUAAACAGAAUGGCUUAUAAACAAUAGGAAUUUUUUUUUAGAAAAUAUUCUUUUAAUUUUUUUCCUUAGAAUUAUUUCCUUGAUUUCUUCUAUAAAAUUCCAUAAUUAAUUUAAGAAGACCAGCAUAGAACUUUUUGAGGCAAAUUUAUCUUAGAAUAUCAACUACUGAAGAAAGAUGUUCUUGAUGAGCUUCAAUGCUUUUCUGUAUCCUAGUCCAGACUUGACUUCUAAAAGCAGAUCAUCUUGGCCGUUUAUGUCAGGAUCAGGGGCAACUGCAUUGCUCCUUUUGAAAGCAAGUUCUUCCCUGACAGGUCCCAGUGACUUAGGGAAUAACUGAUUGCUCCACGUGUGGGGGUUUAUUUCCUUUCCACUGGCUAUCAAGGACAUGUUCUUGGGAUUCACACCUGGAAGAUAUCUUGAUUGUUUCAAGUAGUACUGGUUAGAAGCUGGAGCAGCUGACAAUUCGGAAUCAGACUUUAGGGAAAUAGCAGCAGGUAAGCUCUUGUUUUCCCCUAGCGAGUGGUUGGAGCCCAAGGAUGCCAGCUCUGGAAGCUGAAAUGGAGACUCUUUCUUCCUUUUUUCUUUAAAAACACCCAUGCUUGGCUUCUUGGAAUGGGAGGCUCCGAAAUCGUAGUCCUCCAACUCUUCCCAGCUUUCUCCAGAUUUGAAGUUAGUUUGGCCCCAAUGCCUCCUACCACUUUUAUGAUUCAGUGUGCCAUUUGGCUUAGUUGGCAUGUUUUUGAUGAUGUUUGGGAAUUGUGUUUGUGGCGAUUUCUGCUGAUUCUGUUGCUUUGGUAGUUGCUGGACGCUCAAGUUCUGUGGUGGCUGAAUGGGCUGCAGUGCCUGCUGGCUAGUUUUCGACUGGGAUUGUCCAACAGUGUGAUCAAUUACAUCUGGUAGAGGCUUGGGCUCUACUUCAACUAAAGAUGGCUUUGAUUCUAAUGGUUGCAGCUGCUUAUUUAAAGACCGUUUUGAUUCCAGAUGAUUUGAGGAAGGGCCUAAUACCUGACCAACUUGAAAAUAUGGGUGUUUCAAUGCCCGGCUUGCUGUUGGUCGUUUUAUUGGAUCCCAAUUCAACAUUUCAGUCAUGAGCUGAAUAGCUUCAUUACUGGCAUUGGGAAUCAGAGUUUUUAAGUUUAUAGGAACACACUGGGGAAAACGAAAAUUCAUAGAAGAUGCCAGCUGGUAUCCUUUUGGCCACUCUUUUUUGGGAGUCCCUAAAACUUUGCAAAUUUUAAAGAUUUCAUGAACCUCACUUUUUUAACAUAUAGAGUUCAGCCAUGAUACUUCCAACAGCCCACACAUCAAUGGGAGAGCUAUACAGGAAGAUCUCAGCAAAACUUCAGGGGCACGAUACCAUCUAGUAGAGACAUAAUCAGUGUAUGGUGGCUGUGACCUUACUUCUCUUGCAAGUCCAAAAUCAGCAAUUUUCACAAGUUCUGGACCCAUACACAGCAAGUUUUCUGGUUUCAAGUCCCUAUGAAAAAAACCAUGUUUAUGGAUAAAAGCCAGCCCUUGCAAUAUCUGAUACAUAAUAUUUCUGAUGACUGACUCAGGGAACGACUUGUUUCUGUCUUGCAUUAAUUGAUAGAGGUUUUCUUUCAUAUAUUCAAAUAUGAAAUAAAGGUGGUCAUUUCCUCUCAUAACUUCUUUCAAUUUAAUAACAGUUUCAGGGACUUAACUUCUCUCAAGUUCAUACAUUUAUCCCAAGAAUAGAACUUUCUCUUCAUCCUUUUGAUGGCCACCAGCUCCCCAGACUCCUUAUUCUUGCCCAUAAACACACUCCCAUAGGCGCCAUCCCCCAACUGUCCCAUGGUUGUGUAUUGGUUCAUCUUGGAAAAAUAACGCAGCAGCAGUUGUUGAUUUGAACUCCUCAGCUCAAAACUUGCCUGAGUUUGAUAGUCAGGUGGAGCAGAAGAGGGCAAAGAUGAAGGAUAAAAAGGAGCAGAAGGCAAUGGAGACGGACAAACACAUUCACAAAGCUUACUCCAAACAGUAGUUAAUACAGCAGUUUGAGGUAGAUUGUUGUUAUGAGAACAAAAACGACUGAUUUUUUUCCCCAAUAAAUCCCCAAGCAUUUUCAUCCAAGAUUCCACCUUCAGGGACCCAGGGACACAAUUCAUGAACAAUGUGUAAAAACUCUUGUACUUGACUAAGCUUUACAUCAUGACUUCUAGUUUUAAUCAUAGAAUGUAAUAAAUGUACAAACAACUUAUGUUCCUUCGA